GCGGUCCUCGCGGAGGCGCGCGCUUGGCUGCAGGGAGGAGCCGCGCCCAAGCUCAAGGCCUCGGAUGUUGCCCAGAACAUCGGCUGCGAGCAGGAGGGCGGGAACUUCUCCGAGGGGGCCGAAGCCACGUGCGCCGAGGAGUCUGUCGGCCUGGCCUCGUCUGUGGUGAGGUCGCGGGUCUGGAGCAGCGACGUGGAGGACCCGCACCAGGAGAAGGGGCUGGAGCUGACCGAUUGCGACGCGGAGCUCGGCGAGCAGUUCGCGGAUCACUCGGUCGAUCACGACGCGGAGGCCCAGGAGAGCUUCGACGAGAAAGAGUUCGAGGGCCAGGGCGUAAAGGAGGACGCUGACUUGGACUUUGGGGGCGUGGACGCGGAGUCGCUGGAGGGGUCGCUCGUGGAGCCCUGGGCGCACAUUGACGCCUUCUGCAAGCUCGAGGCCGAGCUGACGACGAAGCGCAAGCUGCUGGACGAGAUGGCUGUGGUGGUCAUGGAGUUCCGCAGCACCGCGGGGCACCUCAAGUCCCAGAAGCACGAACUGGAGCAGAUCGUGUGCGACGCGGAGCUCGGUGAGCAGUUCGCGGAUCACUCGGUCGAUCACGACGCGGAGGGCGUGAAGGAGGAGGAGAAGGGGAUGGAGCUGACCGAGUGCGACGCGGACCUCGGCGAGCAGCUCGCGGACCACUCGGUCGAUCACGACGCGGAGGCCCAGGAGAGCUUCGACGACAAGGAGUUCGAGGGCCAGGGCGUGAAGGAGUACGCUGACUUGGACAUUGGGGGCGUGGACGCGGAUUCGCAGGAGGGGUCGCUUGUGGAGCACUGGGCGCACAUCGACGCCUUCUGCAAGCACGAGGCCGAUCUCGUGACGAUGCGCAAGCUGCUGGACGAGAUGGCUGAGGAGGUCAUGGAGUCCCGCAGCACCGCGUGGUCCCUCAAGUCCCAGAAGCACGCACUGGAGCAGAUCGUGUGCGACGCGGAGCUCGGCGCGGAGGCGCGGUGCCAGGCGGCGCACGGCGGGAUGCUCAACGAGAGCGAGUUCGAGGCAGAGCUCGUGACGACGCGCAAGCUGCUGGACGAGAUGGCAAUGGAGGUCAUGGAGACUAGCAGCAUCGCGCGGUCCACCAAGCACCAGAAGCAGGACGAGUUCGAGGACGGGGUGAACAACGAGCGCGGCUUCGAGAAGUCCGUGCCGAAGGUGGCAGAGGAGUUCGAGGAGAAGAGCGGGAAGGCACUGUGCUGGCGCCCCGCGGUAGGCGAUCGCGUCUGCCUUCCCGACGGGCGCGUGGGGGUGCUGUAUGCUCCUGACGGCAACGCCGAGCCCGACGAAGACGGCCUGCUGUACGUGCUCGUUG